UAUUAUAUGAAAUGGAGCAUACUCCUGCACCAUAUGGACCAAGAUCGGUCUAUGGAUAUGCUUUAUACAUAGGUGCGAACAUGCUUUUUUUUUUAUAUCUAGUAUGGGCAAUUGUACCGGAUCAAAUUUUACAUAGUUUAGGACUAACAUAUUGGCCUUCAAAAUAUUGGGCUGUAGCAAUUCCUAUUUGGGCCUUAACAGCUCUUGCAACAUUUGCAUUUAUUAUUUAUCCAGCUAUAAAUUUAUGUAUGACACCAGACAUUGAUGACGUUAGAACCAUUAUGGAUAAACAUUCACGUCCAAAGAAGGAAACAGUUCCAGGCGGUAUACCACCUGUAUUUGAUAUUCCAAUAACAGAAGUGUGCAGAAAGUUAUAUUUGUCAAAAAAGAAACAACAAAUAAAUUCUGUAAAAAAAUGAAACAAUGUAA